UUCCGGUCUGGGCGGACCAGGGUGUCCCGGCGUUUUGUCCCGCUUGUUCCCGGCACGUGGCUCAGGGCAGUUGGCGUGGGGGCUUCUGAGCGGUUGGAGAGUUAGUGACCUGUGGGGACGCCGUUGCACCGGCUGUCGGUAAACCGUCUCUGUGCCGUUCGCCCUCCCCGUGCGGCCCUACGGUGGGGGCCUGCCGCGCUUGCGUCAUGGACUACCGGCGGCUGCUGAUGAGCCGGGUGGUCCCUGGGCAGUUCGACGACGCGGAUUCCUCCGACAGGUGACAGCCGUUGAGGACACCGAUAUUAUCCGGAUUCUGCUCUUUCCUCCUCCUCGCCCCCCUUGUGGGAGUUCACAUUUACUAGUGGGCUGGGGGAGACUGUGAAAACAGAGACGUGAGAAAAAUGAAAACAGAGGAUGGCAUUCUCUUUGAAGACCUUCAGAAUAAUGUGAAUGAGAAGGCAGGUGAAGAUGAGAUAGAAGAGGAAGAGGAGGAGGACUAUGAUGAUGAUGAUGAUUGGGAUUGGGAUGACAGAGUUGGAAAACUCACAAAAGGGUCUCCCUCAAAUGGAAGAAGUAACCCACAGGCAAAUCGACAGACUUCCAAUUGCAGUUCAGCCAAAAUGUCUACUCCAGCAGACAAGGUCUUACGGAAGUUUGAGAAUAAAAUUAAUCUUGAUAAGCUUAAUGUUACUGAUUCUGUCAUAAAUAAAGUCGCUGAAAAGUCUAGACAAAAGGAAGCAGAUAUGUAUCGCAUCAAAGAUAAGGCAGACAGAGCAACUGUAGAACAGGUGUUGGAUCCCAGAACACGAAUGAUUUUAUUCAAGAUGUUGACUAGAGGAAUCAUAUCAGAGAUAAAUGGCUGCAUCAGUACAGGAAAAGAAGCUAAUGUAUACCAUGCUAGCACAACAACUGGAGAGAACAGAGCAAUCAAAAUUUACAAAACUUCUAUUUUGGUAUUCAAAGAUCGGGAUAAAUAUGUAAGUGGGGAAUUCAGAUUCCGUCAUGGCUAUUGUAAAGGAAACCCCAGAAAAAUGGUGAAAACUUGGGCAGAAAAGGAAAUGAGGAACUUAAUCAGGCUAAACACAGCAGCGAUACCAUGCCCAGAACCUAUAAUGCUGAGAAGUCAUGUUCUUAUCAUGGGCUUCAUUGGGAAAGAUGACAUGCCUGCACCACUCUUGAAAAACGUCCAGUUAUCAGAGUCCAAGGCUCGGGAGCUGUAUCUGCAGGUCAUUCAGUACAUGAGGAGAAUGUACCAGGAUGCCAGACUUGUCCAUGCAGAUCUCAGUGAAUUUAACAUGCUGUACCAUAAUGGGAAUGUGUACAUCAUUGAUGUUUCUCAGUCCGUGGAGCACGACCACCCACAUGCCUUGGAAUUCUUGAGAAAAGACUGUGCCAAUGUCAACGGUUUUUUCAUGAAGCACAAGGUUGCUGUGAUGACCGUGAGGGAACUCUUUGAAUUUGUCACAGAUCCAUCCAUUACCCAGGAGAACAUGGAUGCUUACCUCUCAAAGGCCAUGGUAAUAACAUCUCAAAGGACUGAGGAAGAAAGGUCCAGCCAAGAUCAUGUGGAUGAAGAGGUGUUUAAGCGAGCAUAUAUCCCUAGAACUUUGAAUGAAGUAAAAAAUUAUGAGAGGGAUAUAGAUAUAAUGAUGAAACUGAAGGAAGAGGACAUGGCCAUGAAUGCCCAACAAGACCAGAUUCUAUACCAGACUGUGACAGGACUGAAGAAAGAUCUGUCAGGAGUUCAGAAGAUCCCUGCACUCCUUGAAAAUCAGAUGAAGGAAAAGAUUUCUGAUUCAGAAGGUGAUGGAAGCUCUGACACAGACUUGGAAGGGCAAGGAGACCAUGCCUGCUCUGGGACACACACCCCUGACCCUGUAAUUGAUAAAAAGGAAAGGAAAAAGAUGGUCAAGGAAGCCCAGAGAGAGAAAAGAAAAGGCAAAAUUCCUAAACAUGUGAAAAAAAGAAAGGAGAAGACAGCCAAGAUGAAAAAAGGCAAAUAAAUAAGAACUGUACUAUGUAUAGUCAUUUUCCAUCACUUACUUUCCUUACCCGAACUUUGAGUUGCACCUGGAGGACCAGUUACUGAUUUUAACCAACUUGUUGUUGUGACAGUGUCUUUUGAAGACUUGAUUUUAAGUAUUUUCAUGUAAUUACGUAAAAAGCUUUAAGCUCUAUUGACUGGGUCCAGUCUCUGGCUCUGUCUUGUGUUAAGGAGGGGUUUAUUCAAGAUACUGUUUUAAAGAAGAACUUUGUACAUUUUUAUUUUUAUAUUUUUUGUCUUGCAUCAUAUAUAUUUAAAUGUAGUGAAUAUCCAUAACCUUUAUUUAAAUGUAAAAGGCACUUUGGACACACUUGGGAAAAUUGGUUUGGUUUGGUUUGUACAUGCCCAAGACCCACCUGAAAUCAAUUGAUUAUAAGACUGUAGUUUAUAUGAAAGGGAGUUUCGCUUACAAGAGACUUCCAUUGGCUAUUGAUGUAAUCUUUUGCUGAAAAUUUAUCAUUGAUGAUCAUUUGUAAUACACUUACUCUUCGUCUGUAAUAUUCUUUUGAGCUAGGACUUCCCAGUUCAUAAGCUAUUUCCCAUUUCAGUAUGGUUUUUUAGAACCAUUUGACAUGUUCAUUCCUUUCUCUAAUAUUUGAGUGUUUUAGGUGCUGGGGAUACAGCAGUAAACAACAAAAAUUACUGCCUUCAGGUGGUUUGCAUCUUAAUAGGCAUUGAACAAAAUAAGUAAACAUUGUAUCGACAGGCCAUAAAUUCUAUGGAGAGAAAUAAUGCAGAGAAGAGUGCCUGGAGAGGUGGGGGCUUGCAGAUUUAAAAAGGAUUCUCAGGAAGGCCACACUGAGAAGGUGAUGUUUGAGCAAAAGCUUGAAGGAGGUGAGCCACGUGCAUAGCAGGAGGGAAAGAGCAUUCCAGGCAGAGUAAACAGCAAGUGCAAAGGCCCGGAGGCAGAGAAGUAUUUGCCAUGUUCCAGAAUCAGGGCCUGGAGCAUGAUAAUUAAGGGAGGAAAUAGUUGUUGAGUUCUGGUAGCCUAGGAUCUGUUAGGUCUGUCAGUGAGAUGGGGAGCUGUUGGAGGGUCUGAGCCCAGGAAUAUGAGCUGACUUCUGUUUUAAAAGGAUCUCUCUGGCCUCUUUAGAGAAUUGGCAAGGGAGCAAGGGUGGAAGACCAGAGGGAUGUUUAUUGUAGUAAUCCAAGUGAGAGAUGAUGAUGGCUUGGUCUAGGAUGGUAGCAGUGGAGGCAGAGAGAAGUGGUGGGAUUCUGGAUACAGCCCAAAGAUAGAAUGAAUGACUGGAUAUGUUAAGGGGAUAUAUGAGACGUAUGACAGAAAGAGGGAUGGAUGACUUCAAGGUCUAUGUCCUGAGCAACCGAAGGGAUAGAGUUACCAUUUUUUGAUUGGGAAGGAAUGUGGAUGGAACAGGUUUGGGGAUGGGGGGUGAGAUAAAAGAAAGCUUCUUUUGUGACAAAACACAUUGUUGAAAGAAAUUAUCCAUUUAUUUUUUUACCCUAUACUUUAUACUGGAACUGGUUAUUUUAGCCAUUGCAUUCAGAAAUGAUUUCUAUAAGUAAGCCCUGACUUUCCACUUAAACUGAAGCUUGCACCUGUCAGUUUGAGAGUUAUUGGGAUAAUGGGGGGAAUCAACUGGACUUUUAAAAUUAUGUUAAAUUUUAUUACAUUUGUAAUAACCUCCUUCUCUGACUUUACAGAAGUUAAAAAUGCAAAAUAUAAUUUCAAUGAAACACAAAAGUAGGCCCAUUCAAAAUAUCUUGCAGUAGCACAACAAAACAAAAAGCAAAAGCACAGUUUGUAAUCCUAUACAGUUUUGGGGGUUUUAUCUUCAGGAUCUAAAUUCUUGUAUUUGUUUUGGUCUUAUGGCUUAAAGCUUCUCAGAGCUCUCUUGGUGAAUCCAAUGCAAUUGCCAGAGAACAAAAACAUGUAAAAGUCAGCAGGACUUAGGGACAAUUCAUUCUCUUACACAUUGCUGUUGAGAGAAAGUAGCCUGUAAAACGUCAAGGGAUGGGGCUGUAGAAUGGUUCUUGUCUGAGGGGCAUUCUUCUGCUACUACUCUUGCUGAUCUGACUGUUUCCCUGCGUGGAUCGUGGGCUGGGAGGCUGUGGCUGAGGACAACCUCGGGUUGUUUUCUUGCCAAACUUUUCUGAAUUCCUCUUUCCCUUGUCUCUACCUUUUUCAUCCAGAAGCCCCAGAAGAUGUGGUCUCUUCUCAGGUGGAGUCCCAGGGCGACUCACUGCUUUUGAUUGCAGUUGAACUUUGCUUGCUUGGCAGAUAUUAGUGGUGAGGGAUUAUUAGUAUUGGCUGGACAGUUAUUUUCCAUUUGGAGAGGGAAGUUUUCUUGGCCCAAAGCCAGAGACAUACUUUUAUAGAUGUAUCUGACUUCCGUAUUUUGUUGAUUUUCUAACCCCUCCAAAUAAUGCAGUUGUUUCUAGACGUUUAUUGUGAGAAAUCUGGAUACUUUUUUUUUAGGCACAAAUCAUAGUUUAUUUGCUAUGCUGGGGGGUGGUUCUCUUGCUUCCUUUGAUAAAGCAGUUUAGGAACAGAACUUCCAUGAGCCUGAGGAGGAGCCCAGGGAGCCACCAUUUGAACACAGUGUUUGACGAGAAAGGAACUCUGGCAGCUGUUUGCCUAGAUAUGAUCAAAUAUUAAUCCCAGGUUCUUGACUGACAUCAAAUUAUCUUCAGCAUUAUCUGUAACUUGAUAAGGAUGAGCUUAAGAUGAACUUGAGGAAAAUGAACUCAAAGAUGAAAAUUUUUAUAGUUUGGUACUAAGAGAUUGAGAAGCUCUCCACUUCUCAAGAUUACUCUAUUUAAUUCCAUGCAAAUAGAUUGAUGCUUCUUGGCUGUGGGGCUGUCCUGUUUUGUGGUUGUGAUUUCUUUAAGCUUAUGACUCAGAAAAUGAAAGAAGCAGCCAAAUAAAAUUAGUCUAGAAGCUGGUGAAAUUCAUUUUAAGGAUAUCAGAUGUCAUGGGCUCUGAAUAAUGACAUUUCUAAAAAAUCUUUCAUUUUCAAAGCUUGACAGUUUCUCUAAUUUUUCCUUUAUGCACAUAGUAAAUGAAGAUCUUGGACAUUGAGAGCUUUAGUUUGAUUUCUAUGAUUUAUCUUUUGAUGGUGAAAGUGUUGCCAGGUUCAGCAGCUUGAACAAAUUCUACUCCUCAGGUAUAGUUUCCCAUGAAGAUUUUUUUGUGACCACAUGGAAUGGUGAAGGUUUUCAACCACUGGGGAUGGCUAAUAAAUAAGCGAGAGCUCUCCAAAUUCUGUAUCUUGGAUUAACGUAUCACAAACCCAACUUCCUGAUUUUAGGUGUUAACUUCCACAUUCUUUGGGGUUGUUUUGCCUUGGACAUAAAAAGCUUUUAUAAAUGCCCUGGGGAUGAAAUCAUAAUUUCAGGUCUCAAAUCAUUUAAGCAGAUUCCAAAAAAGAUGACUGCUUCCUGUCGUCGUUCUCCAGAGAUCUUAUUCCCAGUUGUUGGUGUUGUGGAAGCUUCUGGAUUUGGAUUCAAGAGAAUCUGGACUUGUGUUUGAAGAACUUUUGACUUUGGUUUUCUGCUUCUUCCUUCAUUGUCUGAGUUCUCCAACAUCACUCUGCCUUGAUUGCCUGCAGAUCAAGGUCUUGAAGGGGAGCUAGGCCCCUUAGAGCCCGAGAGGCCGCACUGCCACACUGUCUAAUGUUUUUUCCAAAUGGUAAGGAUGUCUUCUAAUGUAGGAGCAGAGCUAUCUCAGAUCUUGAGUUAGGUUUCCAUGUCUUGUACUGGCGCUACUUAAUAGUUUCACUUAAAGGCUGUUGAACUCUUUUUCAGUUGAAUUUUUGGCUUUUGUGAAUUUGGGACACAGCUGUUAUGGGGUCAUAUAAUUUGGCAGUGAAAAAGUGGUUCUUUGGGGCCAAAGAAUUGUUGGAGUCAGAAUGCUAGAGUGAGUGAGCCGGAGAGGGAGGAGGUCAGAGAAUGGGCUCUUUAGCAGUUAUGGAUGUUUGCACUUGCGGGCAAUGUCUAGAGCAGAGUGUUGGUGUGAAUGGCUGCAGUAGGGUAGCAGACAAGCAUUGAAGGCUGCUAGGGAGUCAAGGAACCGAAGCCAAGUUUUCGGAAGGGUCCUCUGCAUGGAUGUCUGAAUCAGCAAGAAUUAUGACAGGCAUGGUUUUAGAGUGUCGGUGAGACACGUGCUUAAAGGGAGUGAGGGGAAGCAAGUUCAGGGAGCUGCGGAUAGCACAAAGAAGGGAAGUGAGUGGUAUCUGAUGGUGUUAAUGAAGAAAAUGAAGAAGAUGAGGUGGGGCAAAGCAGUGUCCUCAGAGGAGAGCCAGAAUUAGGUGGAGUAAGGAAAAGAACCUUCAGAGGAGGAGUUGAGGAUAUAAGGGUUUUGUUUUUUUUGCUAGUGUCUGACCAUGAAUUCUAGAGGGUACCAUGGAAGGGUUUCAGGAAUCAGAGAGAUGGAAGUAGCCGGUCUCCUCUUCAACUUGCCCCCAGGUGCUGGCCCCACUGGUUUCUCAGAUCCUGGUGCCUUUAAGUAGGAAAAUGCUGUAAUAGCUGUGGAGCUUAAAGCAGUACCCACCUCAUAGAGCUGAUAGGGACGUGUCUAGUGGAUGGAUUAGGCUGGUCAGAAAUCUACCAGUCAGGCUUUACGAGCAGGAAAGCCAGACACUUGUGUGUUCUGAUGUGACACAAAAGGGAAUACACAGAACCAUAAAGUGUCUUGUCUUUCCCCAGGAGUAUUGAAGCUAUGUAGCCUCUAGAUGUAACCAGUAGUUUACAGAAAAAGCAGGACACAGGAACAAUCUCAGCGAUACCAGGGGGAUACAAUCAGCCAAACCCAGAAUAAGGGAAAUUCCAGAAUAAGGAAAGGGGGGCAGGGAGGCAAUGAGGAAAGUUUUAAAAGAGUUCCAAGCAAGAGACAUAUCUCCUGAUGCAGUGGGCUUCAUUUGGAUCUUAACUAGAUCAAGCUAAUUGUAAAAAGAUGGGUUUCUUUUAGACAAAUGUAGAAAAUUUUAAAUGGAAUAAAUAUUAGAUGAUAUUAAGGAGAUGUUAAUUUUAUGGGAUGUGAUACUGGUAUCAUUAAUAUUUUUUAAAACUUGGUUCUCUCAGAGGAUGGCCUGAAGUUUUUGUGGGUGAAAUAGAAUGCCUGGAAUUGCUUUAAAAUAUUCCAUCCCUAUCCUUAAAGGAAAGUAGUGGUGGUAGGUGAAACGAGGAUAGCAGAAUGUUGAUAAUUGUUAAAGCUGAGUAAUGGGUACAUUAUGCUAUUCUUUCUAUUUCCGUGUAUAAAAAUUUCUACAAGAAAAGGUUUUGAAAACAUGAGCUAAGGUAAAGUAAGCAUUUAAAGCAGGACUUCUCACACACAGGACCAGAUUAUUUGAGUGUCUGACUUCUUGUGGACCAAAGAGAUGGGUCGAGGCAGCAUGGUAGUGUCUGCUGGGGCUGGCCUGGCUCAGUGUCCCUUGAAAUGCCCUUUGGUGCUGAAAUUCAGAUUCUACUAGUAGAUGCAGUUAGAGAAUUGGCAUUUAUGAACAAAUGCCAGUAGAACUUUCAGUUUGCCAAAUCUGGUGCUUGUUUUAAAAUAUGUCACCUUCUCGGUGAGACCUCUCCUGACCACUUUUAUGUGACAUUGCGGUCUGCCCCCUUCCCCACCACCCCCCACACACCUUUCUGCCCUUACUCUUCUAGCAAUCUACGUGUAUACUGACUUUACUCAUACCUAUGUGUUUUCCCUCACCCCCUAACCUCUUACUAGAAUGUAAGCUCCGGAAGAGCAGGGGUUUUGUCUUUAUUUUGUAUCCCAGCACCUACAAUGGUGCCUGAAACAAAGUAGGUGCUCAAUAAACACUUGAAUGAA